AAAAACAGGUGAAAACCAGAACACCAACGCGAGAUUUUUAUAAAGUUUUAUAUGCUUUGGCGUAUAUCUAUUGACAUAUCUACUAUGUGUGAGACUUUGAAAUGAUAAAUAUUUCUUUCGCUGGUUGUGGUUUUCAUGGCAUAUACCACAUCGGUGUUAUUUCAUGCCUACAGCGUUAUGGCAAGAACAUCAUGAAAGAUAUACGUGGCUAUGGAGGUGCUUCUGCUGGUUCAUUAGUAGCUGCAAUGCUAGCCACGUCUACACCUCUUGAACACGGUCUGCAGUUUACCACAGAUCUAGCUGACAAAGUUCGUGGACAUUUUUUAGGGGCUUUGAACCCCUCAUUUGAUUUGAUGCAACACCUUGACGAUGCUUUGGAUACGUUCCUACCACAUGACGCUCAUUUACGUGCUAGUGGCAGGCUGUAUGUUUCUAUUUCAAGUUUUCCGCAGUGCAAGAAUUCAAUAGUAUCACAAUUUGAUUCCAGGGAUGACCUGAUACAGGCUUUAUUGGCUAGUUGCUACAUUCCAAUUUAUGGUGGUACCAAGGUUCCAAUAUAUAAAGGCAAGAAAUGGGUAGAUGGUGGAUUUUCUGACAACCUUCCCAUACCUGAAACAGGAAAAACAAUCCGUGUCUCACCUUUUUGCGGAGAUUUUGACAUCUGUCCAGAAGAUAAACAGUCCUUAAACCUGUUCACUGCAGAAGUAGUUAAGAACAUGAAAAUUGUUAUUAACAUACGAAACAUGGAGCGUGGCCUUCAAGCCUUAUUCCCACCCUCAAAAAAAGACCUGCAGAGGAUUUACAUGCAUGGAUAUAAUGACGCUUUGACUUUUCUUGGUAUAUAUGUGUCAAGAUAAUUUUAGAAUAUAAUUUGAGCAUAAAAUUUAUUUAUGUAUGUUUUAAAAUGCAGAAAAUACAGAUUCGCAAAGUUCA